AUGCGUCUGCCCCCUUCGCCCACCGCCUCUGCGGCCGCUCCCCGUGAACAGCCGACGGGGAGGCCGGCCCAGCUCGGGGGAGGGUUUCAGGUGUGGAGGUUAGACAGGGGCAAGCAGAGCUCUUUAGCUCCAGUGGACGUGAAGUCUCUGGCCACGCCAGCUACCCGGGGGGUGUGGCGGCAGGGGUACAAGACCCGGCUCCAGUGGCAAGGCUGCAACCCCAGUUGGGACCAGACUGGGCACGGGGGCGCGAACCUCCAGGCCCACAUCUCCCCCUACACUCUGGCCCAUGCAUGGGGCAGGGGCAAGGGUCGUACCAGUGCCCCGAAGGAGAGGCCGAUCCAAGAAUCCAGGCGGGGGGAAGGGAGGAAGUCUCCCGGAGGGCAGCCACGCCUGGGCCAGGCCCGGGAUGCCUGGCCCGGGGAGUCCGAGUCCGGCACUGUCCGGCUGAGUCCCUCCAACUCCAACGCUGGGGAUCUGACCGGGGGUGCUGGAGGUCCCCGGCCCCAGACCCCGCUCUCAGCCUCGCGCACCUCUUCCCCAGCCGCCGCCGCACCCGCAGUGUCCGCUCGAGGUCCCCGCUUCCGUCCCUUCCCCCACCCCUCGCGUCGGGCUCGGGCCCCCUCGGCCUUGCAGUUCCCCGGCCGACCCCGCCUCGCCCCGCCCCCUUGUCCAACCCCGCCCCUAGGCCGGCCCUGCCCCGCCCCGCGACUUCGCCAUUCCCGGGCAGACCCCGCCCCCACCCCCGGCCUCGCCCCGCCCCGCGCCUUCGCCAUUCCAGGACAGGCCCCGCCCCACCCCCUCGGCAGGCCCCGCCCCGCGGCCUCGCAGUCCGGGGCAGGCCCCGCCCCCUGUUUCCGCUGGCUGAGGCAGUGGCGGCGGCGCGCGAGCGCGAUCGAGCCGGACCCCACAUUCCUGGGAGCUCGCUGGGAGGCCUACCUGAGCCCUUUCACCAGGUCAGCACAUACCUGUGAUGUGAAUGCCCCCCUCCCUUUAGAGUACCUGGCUGCUGGCCUCAGCGUGGAGGCUGAGGCUGUGGCACCAGGCGUGGCUCAGCUGGGCUUGGCGCCUGAGCUUGUGGAUGCGAUGGUGGUCAGCCGGGGUCUCUGCAGGGCCUGCGUGGUCCAGGAGCUCCUCUGGCACGUGUCGGGCUGGUGCUGGCUCGUGGCUCGACCUCCCUUCCCUGACGUGAUUUCUCAUUCUCAAGGGAACUGGCCUUUUAACGGAACCUUCAAGACCUCUUGA